UAUGAUCGUUGGUAUACGAGGAUUACAGAAUCGGGAAUCCAGUAAGGUAUAGGGGCAUAUUUACUUUCACGUUUUUCCCUCGGAAACAAACGUUUACGCGCUUUUUAAGGAACUAGAACACUCCACACGUUUCGAGAUCUCCUCGAAGCCUCUUGGGUGUGUAGUGAAGUUGUCUGUACUCAUUUAACAUGGCGAAACUCGUGGCGGUGUGUCGGGACGAAGCUGACUUCGCAUUCGAGCGUCGACAAAUACCUUUGAAUAUCGAGGACACCUUAACGAUGAUCAUGGAAAUUCCAGAAACUGUGAUUUCAACUCGUCAAGUCAACGAAUGCGAACUUCAGUCGUUCAACAAGCGAUUCCAGUGUCUCAGUCCCGAAGAUUUAGCUGUCGCUACGAUGGUGCGGCAAAAAGAUGUUCUCUCGUUCCUCUCCCACUCCGUUCCGUGCGUUGGUUGUCGGAGAAGUGUGGAGCGAUUGUACAACCAGUUAGUCGAGUCAGGUCAGCCAGCACUGGAGCCUCUGAUUAUCACAAAUAGUGGAGGUGAGUGCAGUCUUUCAUUUACAUUAAUUUGCUGUUACAACACACUGUGUAUUUUCAUGCUGAAAGGAGUUCUUUUUAUGUUUAGAAGCUGGAUAGAUGUGUGGGAUUUAUUGUCUCAAGAAUGCCGUGAUGAGGUGGUGUUGAUUGACUCUGAUUCUCUUCUGGACACACUAGAGAAUUAUCUAAGAAAGCACCGAUUUUGCACUGAAUGUAAAUCAAAAGUUCUAAGAGCUUAUAGUAUUUUGGCUGGAGAUUUAGACGGGCCAAGUGAAAAAGGUUAUUGUGCUGCUUUGUAUGAUGGUCUCAAGAGCUGUCCUCAAGAGCGACAUAUCCAUGUACUCUGUGACACAGACUACAUUGCGCAUUUAAUUGGACGGGCAGAACCGGAGUUAGCUGGAGGGAGAAGAGAAAGGCAUGCCAAGACACUAGACAUUGCUCAGGAAGAAGUAAGGAAAUUCUCCUUUAAUUAAAUGUUAAUUGAUGUGUUUAUCAUGUUUACUAUUCUGCUUGGACAGAAGCGAGAGGGCAUCAUCACAUGCAAUUGCUCUAUCUUCUAUUAGCCAACUCGAAGAGAAAGAGAAGGAAUUUUCUACCUUGUAGGGUAUACGUUGGCAGCCCCCUCCCCCCCCCUCUCUCUCUCUCUCUCUCUCUCCCCUUGCCACCUUUUGGAUUUCUCCACUAGGAACAGGCGUGACACCAGACCCAGUUUUCUGUUGUGUGAAAAACGCAAGAUGCCGGCUAGAGGCUGGUGGGAAGGAGCCAAAGAACACCUCAAAAAUACUUCCCGUCACCUUUUGAGACUUCAUUUUAUCGCAAAAGAUGACUGGAAAC